UGUUUGUAGAUGAUUCAACUGUAUAUGUAUAGAUCAGUUGUCAAAUUUUAAAUCUUUACUUGAAGCGCCAAUAUGUUGGAGGCAGUUUGAUCCAUUGCUACAUCCUGAUCAGACAUGAUACUGUGGUGUGCUAACUCUGAAACAAGAAGAGAAACCUGUUUAAUCUCCUUUAACUCCACUCAUCCUCAGACUCGGCCCCCAAAACCAAACACAUAUGGAUUGAAUCCGAGGUUCAGGCUGUUGAAAAGCACCUGAUGCAGUUCAUUACCAAGCAGAAGAUACCUCAGAAGGACGACUGUGUUCGGUGCCUCGAAGCUGAGRCACUUGCUCUGAAGAAACGUACGUGGAAAGGUGUGAAGGACUAUGUCAGAAACCGGAUCACGACUCUGCAAAGACAAAACAGUUCUUCCAAGGUUUCUUCAGAAAGCAGCAACAGGCAGAAGGAACUACAGAAGAUAAAAUGUCUCGAUUACAUGAGAUUGCAACCUUCUGACAAACAAGCUGCAGUGCAUCACAGCCUGGUCUCCACUUCAAGCUUUGGACCAGGAGAUCCUAAUCAACAGCAAGGCCCUGGAGUAACAAGAAACACAGCGACCACCAAGUCUAAGAAAGCAAGAGAAAAAAGCACACAACACAAACCCAAACCUAAAUGGAGUGAGGCAGAAGUUCACGCUGUGGAGAAACACCUGAUGCAUCUCAUCAAGGAGCACAAGUUGCCUCAGAAAGAUGACUGCGUUCGUUGCCUCGAGGCCGAGCCACACGCUCUGAGUAACCGUACUUGGAAAGGCGUGAAGGACUACGUCAGAAACCGGAUCACGACUCUGCAAAGACAGAGCGGCUCUGGCAAGGUUUCAUCAAAACCCAGCGUCAGGCACAGGCAGGAGGAGCCACAGCAGAGCUCUGUGAGACCACAACCUACUAACAGACAAGAAGUUAUCACAGAGCAGCCCAGUGUGGUCUCCAGUUUAAACUUUGGACCAGUUCACUUUGGAGUGAGACCACAACCUACUAACAGACAAGAAGCUGUCAUAGAGCAGCCCAGUGUGGUCUCCAGUUCAAACUUUGGACAAGUACAUUUUCAUCAACAAGUGCAUGAAGUAACAACAAACUACUACAAGUCUACUGCUCCUAAACCUGCCAAAUCUAGGGAAAAAGUCUCUCAUCCUAAAACCAAGCAUAAAUGGAAUGAAGCAGAGGUGUCCGCCGUAGAAAGACACCUGAUGAGUUUCAUCGAAGAACACAAGCUGCCUCAGAAAGACGACUGCGUUCGGUGCCUCGCGGCCGAGCCACACGCACUGAGUAACCGUUCGUGGAAAGGCGUGAAGGACUAUGUCAGAAACCGGAUCACGACUUCACUAAGGCAGUGUAGCUUUUCAAGAAACAUGGCAAAAACCAGUAAAAGAUCCAGGCAGGAGAAACCACAACAGAGUUAUGUAUAUUACCAACAGCUGUAGGUGUAAUUUUGUGCCAAAGUGGCCCAAACUGGUGAAACUUCUUCCUCUUUGUCAGUUCUUUACAUGUCUUUUGUCUUUGUCUUUCUUGAGGUAAAAAAUAUUUAAAAAAAUGUAUGUAGUUUUAGUGUUAGUGUUAUUUUAAUGUGUUUUGUAAUUGUUUUCCAAUAUGAUUUUUUAGAACAGUUUAGAAAUAGUUACACUUGUUUUGUACAGACUGAUCAUCAAUUUGGAUGCUGCUGGUGAAUCUCAAGUGAAAAAACAAACUUUUUUUUAGUAGUGGGCACACUAUCAUGUUACUCUUUUCUUUAAUUUGACAUAUAUUUUGUUUUAACUUUGUACAUUCACUUUUACAAAGAAUAAUGUUGCCAUUUGUAACCAAAAAGAAAAGUUCUCAGUAUUCCAGAAAUAAACUGAAAGCACAUC